UGAACAUUUUCCAACUGUGAAACAAUAAGAACGAAUAAAAAGUUUUCCAAAUGACCGUUCUCUCAUUGCGCCGAGGACCAGGCACUCGCCGGCGGUAUCUCGGAGGCGGGCUUUAGGGGGGCUUAGGCGUCGUCGCAGCUAUUUUGAAAGUCACCCACCUCAGCGGGGCAGCCAACUGUGCAGCUGUCAGGAACCAUGACUGAAGAUGACCGAUUCGGUGGUCGUGGAGGGAUACGCCAGACUCAAAGACGGGAAAAAGUGGAAAACUAGAUGGGUGGUUUUUCGCAAGCCGUCCCCCGUCGCAGAUUGCCUGGUCCUGCUGGUUUUUAAAGACGAGUCGGACAAAGCGGACGGGAACAAGGAAGGCCCCGACGUCACUCUGGAGGAGAUCUGCGGCCUGGAAAGCGGACGCCGGUGCGAGGGCGCUUUCUUUACGCUAGCCAUCCUGUGCCUGAGCCGGGCGGCCGUGCUGGCGUUCGACAGCGAGGAGACUCUGCGAGCGUGGGAGGUCCGUCUGCGCUACAGCCUCGGAGAAGUUCACAGGUUCGACGUGGGGGUUUUGGCGGGAACCAAGCUAGAGAGCGGCCCGGCAACUCUACACUUGUGCAACAACUUGCUGGCUCUCGCACGGGACGCGCCCCCCGUCGUGGUGGGCCACUGGAACCUUCCGGACCUGCGCCGAUACGGGCCCGUACCCAACGGAUUUGUGUUUGAGGGAGGAACGCGCUGUGGUUACUGGGCGGGCGUUUUCCUGCUCUCGUCUCGGGAGAGCGAGCAGAUCAGCUUUUUGUUCGACCGCAUCGUCCGGGGCGUCUCUCCGACCAGGGGCCCGCGACCCCUCCUGCCAGAUCCCAGCAGCAGUCGGACCGACGUUGAGGAGCGGCUGAACCACGAAACGCGGGAACUGGAGAAGCGACUGAGCGUGCUCUCCAAUCGCCACGGCGGCACAGCGUCGCCCGUGUGCCGCGCGAACCCCGGGGACGACGGGCGCAACGUAUCCGGUUCCUCGGAAAGCUCGGACUCCCUCCGAUCGGACGGCGACCUCGCGGACGGCGACCUCGCGGACGGCGACCUCGCGGGGGCCCAAGCGGCGAGUCCGGAAAAGCGGCCGGCUAAUCGGAGCGGCGGGAACGCUCCCGAAGUCGGAGACCCGAGCGGGCGGCUUCUGGAAAUGGCUCGCCGGAGCUCUUUAGACAGCGGUAUUGCCACGGGUAGCCAUUCCUCUUACUCUGGAAGUUUCUCCUCGUGUACAGAAAGUCUUGACAUUAGCGGCGGCGAAGACUUUGGUUCAGUUUUUAGCUUACCUCCCCGCUCGGCUCAAGACCUCAGCCCGUGUUCUUGCCCCAACCUUUCGGGACGGGAGUACAAAGUUCCGACCUCGCUCAGGUAUCUGUACCACACUCCCAGGAGUCUGGCGCGGGACCGCCCUACUUUAGCUCACCAUCCCGUAACGGAGUCUUUAGAGGGGACGUCCGACGCUCACCCGAGGAGCACGAAAACGAGGGGGAGACCCCCUAGUGACGAUCCGGAAUCCGGCGCGACCAAAACCAUCUUGACCAUCUGCUCAGAAUGCGGCGGAUUUCAGGGGAUGCCCUUCAACCCUGCAAGUGCUGUGGCCAUACCCGCUUUACCAGCCAAAAUGCCCGACGGCGGAGAGGAGCGGCGCCGAGCCGAUCCCUCUUACGAGACGGCGGAGAGCCGCGCGCCAGGACCAAAGUCGGAGGCAGAUGAAAAAAGCAAGUACGAAAGCGUGCUCGGACACGGCGCGCAAAAGACGGAAGGCGGCGCAACGGCGUACCAUCGCGAAAGGUCCGCAGUGACUUACGUCAAUAUUCCCGUGAGUCCCACGUCCAAGAAGCAGCUCGACUACAUGGAGCUGGACCUGCAAGAGCCCGGCGCACGGGGCGCUCCGGUACCCGGGUCUGCACACAAUGAGGGGAAGGGAUCCGCCAAGUACGCUCAGAUCGACAUCGCCGCCACAGAGACGGCCCGCGAGGUGGGCACCCGGCACGCUCUGGGGCGUCAGGAGGGCCUGCGUACCCUGGAGCGGAGAAAAAAGGCCACGCCGCAUUGACCUCCGCGACCAAAACUUCCAUUUCAAGUCUACGUGUGACAUCACGUUUACUUUUUAUAUCUGUAAAUAAUGUAUUCUUGUGACGUGGAUCGCCGAUACAGAAAUGCAGCGUUGCGUGUAUCGACAAAGAAUGAUUGUACACCGUUGUUUGUUUGCGUCUCCCAGAUAUGGAAUUAGAAAAUAAAAUGUAUCCCUUUCCUUCAACCUUUCAUUUUUGUAAAGAACGGCAUGAGGAAUCAAGUUGAGCAACUCGUAUGGCCGGCGGAACUCAACAUUACUGAGCAUUUACGGUUCGUUUUAGAGAUUCGAUGAAGACGUCCAAUUCCAACGCCAUCCUCUCCAAAAGAGUUCCAGGGUAUUCUAACUGAAAAUUCCUUUGGGUACAAUUGACAAGUUGUAUGAAUCGAUACCCCGUAAUUGGCGGUCCUACACCAUAUUAAAUUUGUUUCGGUUGAUUUUUUUUUUCCAUCCAUUAUCCAUCACGUCCCGUUCUCCGGCCCUCUACGACCGCAACUUCGGGUAGCCUUUUUCAGAGCGGCGCGGGCAGGUCACGGAAAACGUCUCGGGCGGGCGGUCGCUUCUGGUCCGACGCGACACCGGCGUCGGUCGCGACGGCCGUUUUUGUGCCAGAUCCAGUAGCGGACGUCCACGCCCGCCGAGGCGGCUCAACGUCCGAUACGCUCGUUCUGAGCGUCGCUUUGAAAGCGAUCGAUCCGGCCGUCGAUCGGUUGUCGACACUGCCGUCCGUUUCCGAUCCCUUUCUGAAUAAACUCAUUUGGAUUCAGAUCUUUUUACGACAACCGCUUCGGCGAGUUGAAAUGACAAAGGCCUUUCUAGUCAUACUGCGGUCCUCCCUCUCGAAUGGACGUGAUAUUUUUUAAUGCCACGGUGAAGGCUCUCCCGGUUCAGACGGAUAGGACGUCUAGCGUGACAAAUACAUUGAAAGACACAGCAGAAGGAUGAAAAAAGUCAGGCAAUUGGACGUCCGUUGCUGUCAUUGGAGCUGAACUAGUGCAUGACCUCAAGAAAAGGAAUCUCAUGUUGUUGCUCUAAUGAAUGCUAGUCCACGCGACCCCUCUUAAAACCUGCCAUUUGCAUCACGACAUUGCUUUCUGAAGACAACCCUUGACAUCUGUUUUUGUGUGACGGACAGCAAUGUGGAAAUACAGAAAAGGCAUGUACACUCACCUCAAGUGGCGUGGAGAAAAGGUGCGCGUACUUGGCUCACAUGUCCGUGCGACCGCCUGUAAAAAUUGGACACAUCAACGCAGUCAGUGGUUGGGGUAUGGCGGAUCAUCAAAAUGUUAAAAUCACUUAA